AUGCUCAACAUUCGAGAUAGAACAACCGAGUUCCAACGUUCGGUCAUACAGCAUAGCAAACGGUCUCAUGAUGUUGUUAAGAAACAAAGUACGGUGCAGAAGUCCCAAUUUCAACAACAAGCCUCAGUUAUAGCGCAUGAAAUUGCACAGACAGCCCAGUUAUUGGGAAAACUCGCACAACUGGCAAAGAGGAAACCCAUGCUGAAUGAUAACCCUGUAGAAAUUGCAGAAUUGACUUAUGUGGUUAAACGCAAGAUUUACGCGGUCGAACAGAAUAUGUUAGAGCUGGCCAAGAUGGGCGGGAACCAAAAUGCGUCAUCUCAGCCUAUUCAACAUACCAGAAAUGUGGUAAACUUACUGAAUACCAAGAUGAAAAACAUCAGCGGUGAUUUUAAAAGCGUGCUGGAACAACGUCAAAGGCUAGAGCUUGCGAAUCGCGACCGAUGGGAACAACUUAGUGCUCAUACCGAGUCUGAACAGCACCAUACCUACAAUAACUCCAAUCCAUUUAUGUCCUCAGUCUUGGACGAGGGAAACGGAAACGAGGGCCAGUUAACCCUUCCACAAGAGUCACAAAUGCUUUUGCUCGAGGAACAGACUUCUUCGUCCGCCUAUUUGCAGGAGCGCAAUCGUGCCGUGGAGACUAUCGAGUCCACAAUCCAAGAAGUUGGAAAUUUGUUUCAACAAUUGGCGCAUAUGGUCCAGGAACAAGGUGAGGUUAUUCAGCGAAUAGAUGCGAAUGUAGAUGAUAUCGAUCUCAACAUUUCAGGUGCACAAAGAGAGCUACUCAAGUACUUUGAUCGCGUGAGCAGCAAUCGUUGGCUAGCGGUUAAAAUUUUCGCCGUUUUGUUUGUGUUCUUUCUAGUAUGGGUUCUGGUAAAUUGA